AGUUGUUCGCUGGAUUGUAACAGACAGAGAAGCAGCUCUCCUCCUGCAGCCUCCAUGGACGUGAAGCUGCUGGUCCUGAUGGCUCUGAUGGCCAUCGCCACACAUGGUCCAACCGCAGAGGCCAAGCCCAUCAGUCUGAUCGAGCGGUGCUGGUGUCGCUCCACGCUCAACACCGUUCCUCAGCGCUCCAUCAAGGAGCUCAAGUUUCUACACACACCAAACUGCCCCUUCCAAGUCAUUGCUAAGCUGAAGAGCAACAGAGAAGUUUGCAUCAACCCAGAGACCAAGUGGCUGCAGCAGUACUUGAAGAACGCCGUCAACAAGGUUAAAAAGUCCAAAAGACGCAACAACCAGAAGAACUAAACCCAAGGA